AAUUGCAUGUCUUCCUGUGCAUGAACUGCAUUGCGCAUGUGCAAACUGGUGACUAAAAAGCAAGCAGCUUGAGUAUCAUGGUAUUAUUAACAGACACCUGGAAAUCACACUACUAUGCCAGAAGCAACUGUUUAGAUAAAGAUCAACACAGCCAUGAAGAAGAAGCUCGCCCACUUUCCAAGCUCAUCGAACAGCAGAUAUCACCUGCUGACAAUUUUCCUGCUGCUUUGUGCUAUUAUUCACAGCUGUAACAGUGGCAUUGCUCGCAAAAGACUACACAGAGCUAAAGCAGACAGAGUACCUAACUGCUAUUUUGUUCAUUUCAAGCGGGACACAGCUAUCACGGAGGGGGAGCAACUGAUUGACGACUUGAAGAGAUUUAAUCGGAAUUCUUCAAUGCCCAAGUUCAGUGCAACGAUACAAGGAAUUCUCACAAAAACUGGUCACGGAUUUGCAGCUAAUAUGUCUGAUGAAGCUUUGAAAUUUGUUGUGGAUCACGACAAAGUAAACUUUGUAGAAGAAGACAGCUACAUUCGAGGGGCCCAGUUGGGAGAGUUUAACUCAACAAAUACAAGAGUCACUGGAAACUGGGGUAUUGAUAGAAUGGACACAAAGACUAUCCAAUACGACGGCCAUUACACACCGCCAUGUGGGCUGACUGGACGAGGUGUAGACGUUUAUGUGGUUGACACUGGUUUAUAUUAUGAGCACAUUCAGUUUGGAGGGAGAGCAGUAUUCUCAGGUUGUGAUUCAAUCGAUGUGAUGACCAAUACCUCUGAGUCAGCUAUGGGUAGAGAUUGCAAUGGACAUGGAACUAUUGUAGCGGGAGUUAUUGGAAGUACAACUGCAGGGGUAGCCCCUGGAGCUCAUCUUUUGUCUGUUCGAGUACUUGGCUGUGACAGAACUGGAUCGUGGAACUCAAUUUUGCUUGGAUUAGAAUGCAUUAUCAACAGAGUUAACAAGUACAAAAGCCGAUCAGCAGUAGUGAACCUAUCUGUUACUGGAGCUAGCAAAAAUCGAGCAAUAAAAAGAGCAAUUGAUAAAUUAAUCGACAGUGGAGUAACAAUUGUUGGAAUCUCAGGAAACAGCCGGACUGAAAAUUCUGGAAAUUCUUGCAAGACUAUGCCAGGUUCAAUUCCCGGUGUCAUUACUGUCGCAGGGUCCACAAGAGAAGACGAAAUAUUCAAUCGAACACUGCUAGGAAGAUGUGUGGAUAUUCUCGCUCCUGGUAAGGACAUUACAAGCAUUUGUUUAAACUCAAUUAAUUGCACUGAAUCGAAGUUACAUGGAUCUUCCUUUGCUGGACCUCAUGUCACUGGAGCUAUUGCGUUGCUUCUGGAGAAAUGCCCUAAAUUGUCCCCAUGGAAAGUACGAUAUUAUCUGCAAACAAAGAUGGCCGUUCCCGAUAUGCUGCAUGCAAAAGGAAUCAUUUCUACAAAGUACCGAGGCACUACACCAAACCUUUUAGUUCACACUGGACCUGAAAUGUGCUCGAUAGUGUGUUGAUAUUUCACCAGUUUCUUGUCCCCCUUUACCAAACACGAUCCAAUUUUUUUAUGUAAUUAUACUCACAACUGCACUUGAUGAAAACCAUGACAACACA